AUGUUCCACACACUCCGUGCCUUCUGGAACCAAUCCUUCUUCAUCCCCGCGCCGACAGUGACUGAGAAGAACCUCCCCGACCAAACGGGCAAAGUGUACCUCAUCACCGGCGCCAACACGGGCAUCGGCUACCAAGUCGCGGCGAUUCUCUACUCGCUCAACGCAAAAGUGUACGUCGGGGCACGCUCGGAAUCCAAAGCGACCGCCGCAAUCUCGUCGAUCAAGAGCCUCCACCCAUCGUCCAAGGGCGGCCUAGAAUAUCUACACCUCAACCUCUCGGACCUCUCGACGAUCAAGAGCACCGCCGAGGACUUCAUGCGGCGCGAGUCGAAACUGCACUGGCUGGACAACAAUGCCGGUGUGAUGAUUCCCCCCUCGGGGUCCAAGGGCGCACAGGGGAUGGACCUGCAGUUCCAAACCAACAUUCUCGGACCGUUUCUGCUGACCAAGCUACUUCUUCCCGUGCUCAAGCGCACGGCCGAGUCGGAGCCAGCGGGCUCGGUGAGGGUGAGUUGGGCAGGUAGUCUCGCUGUGGAGCUGGGUAGUCCCAAGGGCGGCAUGCUGUGGAAGAAAACGCCGUCGUCGUCCGAGGAGACACUGGACGAUUCAAAGGAUAUACGAACCAAUUACUCAAUCACCAAGGCCGCUAAUUAUUUCCUGGGGAAUGAAUUUGGAAAGAGAUUCGGUGAGAGGGAUGGAGUGUUGCAUAAUUCAUACAAUCCUGGAAACCUCAAAUCGGAUCUUCAACGCCACACUCCAAAACCUUUACUAUGGCUCUUCAACGCGAUGCUGUACCCACCAGUCUACGGCGCUUACACCGAACUGUACGCUGGAUUGUCUCAGGAUUUGACCAUCAAGGAUCAAGGUGCCUACAUUGUGCCGUGGGGUCGUCGUGUGUCUGUCAGGAAGGACCUGGAAGAUGAGGUGGCCAAGGAAGAUGGGCAGGCCGCGAAGUUGUUUGAGUGGUGCGAUCGAGUGACGAGGGAGUAUGCUUAG